AAAGCAAAUUCUCAUCAGCGAUCUUUGAAGUCAACCGUUGUCCAGAGACCACACUCUUUCCUUCCAUACCGGUGGUACAAGUAAGCAAAAGCAAGUAGUGAUAGAAGGAAGCUUCAAAGGACCUCUAAUAUCCUCAGCCAUGACCUUUAGCUCUACUACUAGCAGCAACCCUUACAAUAGAAGUACCACUACUAGUAAAAAGACAACCAAGGUGCAAUGCGUGGUUCUGGGAGCGGCGGAUGCUGGAAAGACCAGUUUGCUGAGACGAUACUUUCGCGGGACAUUUGAUCUGGGGAGGGUAGCCACCGUGGGAAGUGACUUUUACACCAAAAAGAUCCAAUUACAACAACAAACAACGAGUGAUGACGAUGCUACUACAAGUACUACGAGUAGUAUCCUGCUUCAAAUGUUUGACACUCCUGGAGAAGUCCCCGAACGACGACGAAAACGUCCUGCCAAUGAACAAGAUGAUCUGGAACAACAACGACACAUGCAGGCGCUACUCAAUGCAUUUGUGGGCCGAAUGGACGGAGUCAUGUUGGUCUAUGACAUGACCAGUACCACAAGUUUUGUACAAUUGAGACAAUGGCACGCGCAGUGGAGGAAAUACUCCAGCCAAAACAACGACAACAACAACAAUACUGUUCAUCAUCAUCAACCCUUUCUCGUUGUGGGAAACAAGCGGGAUCUCAUCCUGCCAACCAAAAUCAACAACCACAAGCAGAAUACUAGCAGCAAGAGCUCUACCAGUAACAACAACAAAAAUUCAACCUUCAAUAAUUUACAACCAUCGGCGGUCCCUCAAAGAGAUGUCAUGGGAUUUCAGAGAACCUUUACAGGAAACGAUUUCCGAUACGAAUAUCGAGUCGAUCAUAAUACCAGUGCUCCUCCCACUCCCUUGCACAGCAACAAUUCCCUUACUACGUCCUCCACUCCUCAUCAUCAUCAUCAUCACAAACCGCCAAAAUCUACAUCCUCAAAAAGUUCCAGACCCAACCAUCGACAUCAAAUAUCCACAUUUUCAUCCACCACCAAUGCCGGUGUCCUGUGGACACAGGGACAGGAUGGAACCUAUUUGGACUCUCUCCUGACUACAGAAGAUAACUCCAAUCCAGACAGGGAUAUGGUCAAGUUGUGGUGCAUGAGGAAUGGACUACAGCACGUGGAAGUCAGUUGCCUCCAACCAAACACGGACGGUCAUGUGGAUGUUGCCAUGGAGACGCUGGUGCAGUUGGUAUUGGAAGCCAGACGAGAAGAAGCAGAAGAAGAACGGCAGCAACAACAACAACAGCAAGAUGAAACCAAAACGGAUCCAGAACCACCGUCAGAUAGCCAUCCUACUACUGCAAACAACAACAAUGGUGCAAGUAGUUCUUUGCCGGCACAACCACAAGUGGAGGAUACAAAGGACUAUUAUUAUCGUCCCAAUGAGGAACUGGAUCUAUUGGAACGAUAUCGUCCCAAGGACCGAAAGUGCUGCUUUUGCUUCCCGCCUCUCAAAAAGCUCACUAGGACGAGUAGUAGGUUCAUCGCUGAAUAAGUAAAAUGAUUCGAGAAGAUGAAUCGAAUCGAAUGCAAUCAUCCGAGAAUGGGCUUACCGUUGGAGCUGGGGAUGGGGAGGGUGCCAAGAAUGCAUUCAACGGCUACCUGAGCUAAGGCUACUGGUAGGUUGGGGGUUUCUUGGUUUAAUCGUGGCCGGCAGCUAAGACAGCACAAUGGUCUUUGAUUUUUCUAUGACCGGCACUUUGAGGGGGCUACAUACCGGUAGUAAAGAUUGCAAGAUUUACGUCUAUAUUUUGACCCAACGUCCAUAACAAGGUUUCCACAGAUUGUGUUCACUUCAUAUCAUUUUUUUCUCUCUCUUUCUCUCUGUCUUUGAUAGUAGUAUCUUCUAGUUGUUUCGGUGUUCUUCCUCUUGGACUCCGCGCUACUCUUGCGCUACGGUAGGGACGACUUCAAACAAGACAGUCCAACAGUUCCUGUGCGUCGGGAUGAGCACGUCCCUUCAACUGAAUCGUUGCAAUCUCCUUGUUGUGGGCAACACUGACUACAGUGGCUUCUUCGACCUGGAUCAACGAUUCGUCCAGCCAUGGCGCCACCAAUUCUGCGACUUUUCGGGCAAGAUAUCCCAAUUUGACUUGAUUCGAAGAUGAUGACAAUUGGACUUGAAUAGCAUUUGCGUCGAAUCGAUUAUCGGGUUCCCGCACUAAUUGCACAGUUUGAU